AUGCUGGUCAGUCUCCCAAACGUCCAACAAGGAACGCUUCUUGUCCGCUGGCUCAGUUCUUUCGCACCGGCCUUGGAAACGGCGGCAGCCUUGCAAGGAAUCUUCAUCGUGAUUUUUGUGGCGUUUGCUGGCUUCCUCGUGCCUCGCAACAAGAUACCCGACUGGUGGAUCUGGGCGUAUUGGAUGGACCCGCUCCAGUGGGGCAUCUCGAUCAUCAUGAUAAACGAGAUGCGCUCAGCGACGUAUAAGCAGCCGUGCGCCAGCUUUACGCCCCAGUACUUAUUGGCCCAUACGCUGACGGGGCCCUGCCGCCAGGCCCCAGACCGCGAACUGGGCUUCGCUUAUCUCGUCCAGUGGCAACUGAAAACAAGCUGGUACUGGGUCCCUAUCGGCGUCGUCGUAUACCUGACAUGGUGCGCCCUAUGGCUCGGCCUGUCCUACGUGGCACUCUCCGAGAUCCGCCACGUGGUGGUCCCCAAAGUCCGCCCUUUGGCGGCCCGUAAGGGCUCCGCAGCGCCUGAGGUUAAGGCGGGAAACCCGGAGAAAGAGACCGCGACAACGCACGAUGCUGAGAAGGGCGCCAAUAUCAAGCCAUGUAUGACGUCACUCCACUUCCUUCCCGUCACGCUGAGCUGGCACGACCUGAGCCACUCGGUGGUAAUCCCCGGUGUUGGCGAGUCGAAGAACGUACUCAGUUACGUGUCCGGUUGGGCCAAACCGGGCCGUCUACUGGCGCUCAUGAGCAGCGGGGGCGCGGCGAAGUCGCUGCUGCUGCGGGUUCUUGCUGGAAAGAUGGUCCCGGGGCGAACGACCGGGCAGAUUUUGGUUAACGGCUACCCGCGAAACCCCGCCACUUUCCGCCGGUACUGCACCAUGGUGGAAAGAGUGGAGAGUCAUUCGCCGUUCAUGACGGUCCGCGAGGCGAUCCAAUUCAGCGCCCGGUUGCGUCUACCGGGGACGACUACUGAGAGCCAAAGGGAGGCGUUCAUUGACCAGAUUCUGGAUGUUAUGGAGCUCCGCCCCUUCAAGAAUGUGCUGGUCGGUUCUCUUGGCAAGGCCGGCGUCACGCUCGCUAAUGCGCACAAGCUGACGGUCGCCGUCGAACUGGCCGCAAACCCGUCGACGCUUUUGAUGGACGAUCCUCUCUCCGGACUCGACUCGCGCUCGGCAGUGCAUGUGCUGCACUGCAUCAAGAACGCGGCGGUCGACUGCGGCCGAACCGUCGUCUGCACCGUUACGCAGCCCGGGGCACGUUGCCUGGGCGUCUUCGACGAUCUGCUGCUCCUCAACGCCGCGGGCGAGACGUGCUACUUCGGAGAACUUGGCUACCGGGGUCAAAAGCUCAUCUCUUACUUCGAGGGGAUCCCUGGAACCCCACGUAUCGACCGUGACGUCAACCCGGCCACUUAUGCGUUGGGCGUCACUGGAGCAGGAAUUGACCCGAGCAGGACCGGUGGAAACCAUACGUUCCGAGACUACGCGUUUGAGUACAGAGUCAGCGACCUGGCCUUCAGCCAAGUGGGCGAAAUCGAGUCGCUCCGCCGCGGGAAGGGCAAGCUGGGCGACGAGCCAUCGCUUAUGGGCCCGGCGGCGCCUUAUGCCCGGCAGUUCUGGGAGAUAGUCCUCCGUAUGCAGCGCUACCACUACCGCAACCUGCACUACAGCUGGGCACGUGUCAUGUCGUCCGUGAUCCUCGGCCUCAUAUUGGGGUCCAUCUUCUUGAACAUAAGCUAUCAUACGACGCCGGGCAUGCAGGCACGUGGCGGAUUCGUGUUCAUCAUCCUGGUGAUCAACGCGGUGGGCAACGCCCAAAACGCGGCGGGGCAGGUUCUGAGCCAGAGACCCGUGCAUAGGCGGGAGGUCGGGAACGGGAUGUACACUUUUGCGUUUGCAAACGUGGCGUGGGCGCUUGCUGAGGUCAGCGGCGUAGAGAAAGGAGAGGACAUCGAAACAGGGUUUGGAAACGGCAUCUAUAAUUUCCGUUCGAUCGCAAAUGUCCCGUAUCUCGCCAUAUCGACGCUCGUUUUCUGCAGCAUUGCAUGCACGAUGGCCAAUAUCGUGACGGGGUCUUUUGGGACGUUCCUCCAAUUCUGGUUCACGCUCUAUAUGUUCUGUCUCGCUGUCACCUACUUCGGAAUGCUCGUCGCGGCUGUCAGCCCCACUCCCGUGCAUUCUUCGGUUAUCGUAACCUGCAUUACAAGCAUGUGGAUAGCCACAGCCGGGCUGGUCCUGCCACGUGUUCUCAUCCCCGACGUCUACAUCUGGGUCUACUGGACCAACCCCUUCCAGUACGCUCUUCAAGGCAUGACGUCAGUGGCCUUCUUUUGUGACACCACAACCGCGGCGUGCUCUGCACCAGGUUGCGCCACGCGUUCGUGCCCCGGUUGCGACUGCACCCGCCUCUCGGACAACCCGAGUUUCGUGUGGACCGCUUUGAAGAGCCAGCGCAAUCUGCACGAAGGCCAGGCCAAAUGGGACAUCUUCUACCUGUUCCUCUUCUGCGUUGCGUUCCGGUUACUGACGUGGGUCGCGCUCAAGACGCUCAAGCACAACAGAGCAUAAGCUAUUACAAGCUCGCCAGCUUUGGUUCAACAUUCCAUCUUAUGGAUUGCGUCGGUGGGGUCUAAAUGCAAUAUAGCUAGUCAAGAGGUCAUUUGAUCGGAACGCCAGUCGUGAGUUGAAGACCGGACAAGCAUGCUCUACCCGAAUCGCGGCAUUUGUAGAUGUCAAUUGCAGGACAUUUUCACAGAUUGGAGGAACUCUGGUAAAGUAAAACCCGCACUCUCCACGUGAUUACACUCCUUGAAGCAGAUAGCUAUGCGCGCGGAAGUGCGAACCUCGACAAUCAAAGCAUUCAAUGAUUGUCGUCACUAGCAUCAAACAACGGUGCGUAAAGUGCCAGCUAGCCUGAAGCACGUGUGGAGUUAGAUUGAUUGCUGGGCUGUCUGUAUGUUCAGCUUCGUGGCGAAGCGCAACGCAGGCGCUCAAAGAGUUGAACUGACAGUGGAUGCUUUAGAAGAUCCACAUCGGUAAAGGGUAUAUCCAGCGGCA